AUGUCUACCCCCAACUGCAGACUCGCUCCUUCUCUUGCUAGCACUGAUGUCCAGUUGCUACAAGCUUUAAAUGUGAUGAAAGAAGAGAUGAAGGCCAUGAAGGAUAAGAUCACAUUAAUGGAUACAAGAAUUGGUGUAGUGAUCACUGGUAAAGCAACCGCCAUUAAUGACAUUGAUGCCUUGUCUGCCCUCCCAGCACCUGUGCAUGUGCCCACUAGUGUUGCAUCCACUUCUGCUGCCCUUCCCACCACCAAAUCAAGUGAUACUAAUGCUGUAUUUAACCCAAAGCUAAAAUCAAGAGACCAGGCAGAAAUCCAAGCAAACGCCAUAAAACCAAAGUGGGCAGUUGAUGUUCGUUUUGAUCGCUCUCUAAAUAGAGAGUUAGUUAAACAACUCUUGUAUUACUUGGAAAAGAAGUUUGCUGGCACUGAUAUGAGGACACGCAACCUUCAUAAGUGUAUAUACACAAACUUCUGUAGUAGACAUCGCCAGCAAAGGGAACUUCUAGAAACAAGACAAUCCUUGAAUACUAAUUCAAGAAGAUCUGGCUGUGAAACUGAUGAUACUUACAAGGCUGACAUUGAUCUCAAGAUGAGUCAAAACUGCUCUGGACUGAUCCAAAAGUUGGUCAUGUCUGAAGGCGAAUCAGACAAUGAUAUGUCCCCCUCUCAGCCAAGAAAUGAGAUUCGUGUUGCUUGCCCAAGUUGGAGAAGUGACGAGCUUAACAAAUUCAUUACAGAGGUUGACUCAUUUGUUGUUAAGCAAUUGGGUGCAAAUUCCCACCAACUGCUUAAGAGAGUUUAUGGUAGAACAGUGGAAUCAGCAGUUUCAAUUGAUUUAGAUCCUGCUCUACCUCAAUGGGCUCUUAAAUAUGGGUCAUAA